CUAUUGAAGUGGUAAAUUUGACAGAGCCUAUAGAGAUUGUUUUUGAGAUACCAUCUACAAGGAAAAGUCUGGUGCCUGCUUACUGGGACUACAAUGCUAAUGAUGGUUAUGGAGACUGGCGCACAGAUGGUUGUGUUAUAGCAGAAAGGAAGAAAACUCUGGUCACAGUCCACUGUGAUCAUCUCACAGCUUUUGCUAUUCUAGAGGAUGAGAGUGAAGUAAGAGCUAACAUGUUUCAGAUGAUGGAGAUAGUAGUGUACAUAGGCAGCUGUAUAUGUCUACUGUGUUUGAUGGCUGUAAUCAUUACAUAUGUCUCGUGCUUCAAGUUUUUGAAUAUACCACGUAAGAUGAAGCACUCAGUCAUCAACAUCUGUGUCAGUGUUCUGCUGCUGAUUAUUGGCUUCACUAUGGGUAUAAAACGUACAGAUCAUGAGAGGGCUUGUCAGAUUGUCGGGAUAGUGUUACAUUAUCUCUCUAUGGUCGCCAUAUUCUGGUUUACAAUUACAGCAAGCAACAUGUUGAAGAAGUUUACAAAGGCGGAGAAGCCACCACCACCACCUGCUGACUUCCCGAUGCCUUUACCACCCAAGCCAAUCAUCAGGUUCUACCUGUUGGCCUGGGGUGUGCCUACUAUUAUCUGUGGUAUAACUGCUGCAGUCAGCUUCGAUUUCUAUGAUGAAUACGAUUAUUGUUUCCUUGAGUGGGAGCCUGGUUUGGGAGCAUUUGUUGGACCAGUAGCGUUCCUUUUACUGCUGAACUUUAUCUUCUUCAUACGCAUUUCCUGUGUCAUACAUAGCUCGACUGGGCCGUUGUUAAGUGUAGAAGAGACACAGGAGCUGCAUAUAACUGAUAUUGAAAUGACGUCAAAUCAGGACCGAGCUGAAACACAAUCCUUGACGUCUGAGAUGAGUGUUAAGUCGACAGUAUCUAGUGUCAUGGACUAUGAGCGGCGCCCAAUCACACAAUUGCGUGCCUUAGCAGCUUGUUUACUGCUUUACAUUUUCACAUGGAUUUUUGGUGCUAUUACUGUUGCCAAGCCAUUUAGUGCUAUUCCUUACCAGGAAAAAAUAUUCAGUUACUUAUACGGUGUAUUUUGUGCAAUUCUUGGAUUAUUCAUCCUCAUAUACUUUUGCUUGACGCGUAAAGAUUCACGAUCAAGCUGGAAAAGAUUUUUCUUUUGUGAGCAGCAGGCAAUUUAUGAUGCAAAUCAAAUGACAUCAGAACCUGUGCCUCAAGCAAAUGGUCAUGUAAAUACUGGUAGUGGAACUGAUAUUUCUAAAAUUAACUCAACAGUUGUUGUGAACCACACAAAUCAUGUAAACCCUGUGAAGAAAAGCGACGAUGAAGCUUCGUCUAUAAAUCUAGUCCCGUCUAAACCACAGUCGCUUAAUGAUGGCUCUUUAAGUAACAGUUUAAAUAAUGAAGCCAGCGCGGCAAGCUUUUAUAACCCAAGACAAAAUGGAGUUGCUAAAAAGUUUUGGGAGAAGAAAAAUAAGCAUAAUUCAAAAUUACUUAGCAAAGAAAUGACCAAAAGUUUGAACAUGAACGGUACAGACAGUGACUUUUCAGGGUCUGAAAGACCUAGAGGAAUUAGUCAUGGCUACAGUAGUGAUGGCAACCAUGGUCCAAAUGGAAUGAAUUUAGAUUUACAAUAUCAAGGGCGUAAUGUAGACUCAGACACACAAAGUGCCCGUUCGCCUGUCCGCCAACAGUCACCACCAAGUUACGCAGCUGUUAUGUCUAACGGCCCAUUUCAUCCAUAUGGUCAAAGAGAACAGACAGCAUCACCUCAAAAUCAAAGACCAGAAAUUCUUACAGGAAGUCCAAACUGCAGUAUUGUUUCAUACACUAGUUCACGUAUUGUACCCCAUCAUACACGUACUCCAAGCUCAUCUUCUCUUGGAAAUCGUAAUCAAACCAGUGCAUUUGUGCCAGUACAGCCACGUAACAACACAUUGCCUCGCAAUGGGUUGCCAAUGUCUCAAUCAGUGCCAUCAAGUCCAGACAGGGAGGUGCCUGAUCAGACCAUUUCUGGUCCUAGUUCAGUCGCACGUAUUGGAGAUUUUGACGGUUCAAGCCAAGUGAGUAGUUCAUACAGCCAUGAACGAUUAAGGUCCCCUCGUCCUGGGGAUCUCCCAUACAUGUCGGGAUAUUCAAGUCCGCCAGACAUGUCUCUUUAUAAACAAUAUGGUUUAAUAGACAGUCAAGUGCAACCAAAUGCUGUACCUCAAGUACAAGCCAAUAAUGUACCACCAAACUCUCAAAUGUACCGGAACAGAACCAAUUCCGGUGGUUAUAGUUCAGACAAUAGCAGCAGACAUAGAAAGAGAAUGGAGAAUAAUUUUAUUCAACAAGUUGAACAACGUAUACCUCAGGGUGCCAAUGUGAAUAACAUGUAUCCAAACCAUAUAAAUUCUAAUCAUGUUAAUUCUAACCAUACAAAUCAUGUGGAGUCAAAUAAUACCGGAAUUGUUAGUCACAAGCCGCCACUUUCACCGAUGUCUGAUAGUGAAAAUAAUACAAGUCAUAGAACUUUUCCUGACUCUGAUAGUCAGAUACACUACAAAAAACAGAAAUACAAUGACUCUGAUCAUAACUCAGAACCGGCAAACAAGUCGCGUAAGUCACAUGACUCCCAGAAACACUCAAAACAUCGCGGGAUGAUUAAACAGCGCUCCCUUGACUGGGAUAGACAUUUUAAAGAAAAAUCGCCGUCAAAUGCGAUACCUUACGCUUAUGUGAAUCAUAAUUACACAGACAGGGUGCUUCAAAAGUUAACAAAUAUGGCGAUCACUGAACAUAUAGACCCUACAAGCAAGGCAUUCUGGGUACCGAGAUCGUCUCGGAGCUAUAACGAACUUGUUAGAAAAGAGAAAGCUCGGUUGUGCGAGGACUCCUCAACGAGUUCGGAUGAUGAUGACGAUGACAGUUUAGACAAUAUCUGGGUUCUCCAGAAAGAAAAGCGAGCGAAAAAGAACAAAAAAGAAACAAGUGUGUGAUUUUUGUGAACUAUACAACAUGUGUCAUAUAUUUAAAUAAGAUUUAUGAUAAAAUCUUUUACCAUUUAGUAAUUUCUUUUAUAUAUUUUGUAGUAUGUUUUAUAUUUUCAUAUGUGAAU